AAACUGCAAAAACCCUCAUUUCUAUUUUUUCAAAACCCCAAAACCAAAAUCACUCGCCCAAAACCAGAGCAAGAGAGAGUGAGUGAGUGAGAGAGUAACCAUGUCGGGUUUCCCAUUCGGAUCCUCCGUUUCCACCACCACCUCCUCACAAUCCACACCUUCACCCUUCUCCUUCUCCUCCGCCGCCACCGCCUCCGCCUUCUCGUUCGGAUCCUCGGCCUCCCCAUUCGGAUCCUCCACCUCCCCAUUCGGAUCCUCCCCUUCCCCCUUCUCCUUCGCCUCCUCCUCCUCCACCACCACCACCACAACCACCGCCGCAAACCCUAUCUCCUCCGCCCCACCCGCCUCUCUCGGAUUCGGAUCCUCCACCCCUUCCUUCUCUUUCCCCUUCAAUUCCGCCUCCACUCCCCCCACCGCCACCACCACCUCAUCCCCAUUCCUAACCGCCUCAACUGCCACAACCACCACUUCACCUCUCUUCGGAACGACGCCGUCCGCAACCACAACUCCUUCCGCCGCUUCACCUCUCUUCGGAUCUUCAACCACCGGCGCCACCACCACUUCCCCCCUGUUUGGAUCAACUCCAUCUCUAUCCCCGUUCGCCACAUCGCUAUCCACAACGAGUUCAACCUCAUCCCCAUUCCUCUCCGCCCCCUCAAAUCUCUUCGCCGGUUCUGGUUCUUCUUCUUCAGCUUCAACAACCGCUCCUUCGUUCUCGUUCGCUCCAAACUCAAACGCAUCUUCCUCCGGACUCUCAUUCUCAAACGCUUCAGCUUUUUCAAAACCAACUCCAUCUCCAUCAACAGCAACAACAACAACAACAUCGCCUUUCUCAUUCCUAACACCUUCCUCCGCCGCCUCGGUUUCCACCACAUCCGCAGCAAAACCUAGCUCCGCGGCAGCGCCAUUGUUUUCGACGAUCACGACCACGACCGCUUCGACUCCGGCUGCUUCUACUACUGCUACUACUACUACAACUACAACAUCACAGCCUUCGUUUUCUGUGCCUUCGUUUGGUUUUACUCCGUCUUCGGCUUCAACAGCUCCUUCAAUAUCUGUACCGGCCAGCUCGGCGGCUGCUUCUUCUUCGAGCUCUACAGCGAGUUCUUUUACAGGUUUUGGUGUUACCAGUGCCGCGAGCACGACUCCUUCGUUGGGGACUACUGGUUUUAACUUCAGCAAGCUGUCGACGCCUGCUUCGUCCUCGCAAGCUCAAUCCACCACUACUGCACCUGUUUUCAGAUGCCCUUUUUUUUCGGGUGAAAGUUGUGUUGCAUGUUCUGCUAAGCUAUUCAAGAAUUGUGUGGGUGAUAGAGGGGAUGGGGUUGAGGGUAAGCAGCUGGGAGAUGGGAUGGUGAAGAAGCCAAUGCUUCCAAAUGCUGUUACUGUAGAGGAAGCCAAGGAAGAGGUGGCCUCAAGUGUGGAGAAGGAUCAUGAUGAGAUAAUGGAGGUUGUGGAGAUGAAAGUGGCAGGUUUGCAAGAGGGCUUAGAGUCUGUGGCAGCAUUAGCUAUGGAUUCUGUUCCAGGCAAUGUGGUUUCCUUUCCAACAAUUGCAUCUUCUGCCAUUUCAUCAAUGUCACAGAUUGCGAAGGCUACUGUGGUCACCCCAGAAAUUUUAAAAGCAGAAUUGUCUGUUAUAGGCAGUGAAGGGGUGAUGUUGCUGGGUAAGGAGGUUAAAGGAGGCCAUAAGGGACUCAGUCCUGUGAAGAUGGAGGCUAAGAAUGAUUUGGAUACUUCAGCUUCUAAGGCUUUCAAGGUAGAUGAAGCAAGUGAUAGUGGACUUGGGAUGCAGACUUCUCCUUUAUCAUCUCUAUGUGUAGAAAUGGAUAGCCAUGUCUGCUCUUCUCAUAAAGGCCCAAUCAUCAAAAGUAUUUUGUACAAAUAUGGUGACAAACCUUCCCCUUUAUCAUCUCUAUGUGUAGAAGUGGAUAAGCAUGUCCUCUCUCCUCAUAACGGCCCAAUCAUCAAAAGUAUUUUGUACAAAUAUGGUGACAUAACCAUGGGGAGCACGUUCAGGAGUAUGGAUGCCAAGUUGGCUUUUCUUGAAUUGAUGGCUGAUGCUGUGUAUCAACUUUCCAACCUUACCUUGGACACAGUUAAUUCACAUGAAAUUCAACUCAUAGAGGCGAAGGUAGCUGAUGUGCUUGCUGCUGGGUUCAACGUGAAAUGGUUAAAGCAAAGGGUGGAUGAAGUUAUUGCCUCUUCUAAAUACCAGGAAUAUUGUAUGGAGUUGGAUGAGUUGGACAAACAAAUAGAGGCUACAAAGAAAUCUUUGGUGGAUAUGGAGCAGCAACGUGUGGUUUUGGCAAGGGAGGUUAUUGCCAUCAAAGCUCAAAAUGAACAAAAUGGCAUUUUGGGGCGUACCCUUGCUGAAGGGCUACUGUGAUUUUUGUAUGGAUAAUAGAAUUGUAAAUUGUACUUAGUUUCUUCUAGUCAGGGGGGAGUGAUGGUUUUGUGGAAUAUAAAAAUGGAUAUUCUACACAUUUUCCUCUUGGUCUCUAUUAUUCUUUUUCUUUAUUUU